AUGCAAAUCCCAGCCCCCCACGCUGGGUCACUCGGAGCCUUGGAGCUUAUCAAAGGAAACCUCGAGGGUGUUCCUGUUUCGCGGGAACUUAAGCCCAGUGAUAUCAACGGCUUUUCUGCCAAAUUUGGUUAUCCCCCUACUUCUAUUCCUAUUUCCGUCGAGCACCUCAUAUUUGAUCAGCUCGACUCUACUUUCAGCACUACCCGCGCCCGUGGUGGCACAGCCAUAACGACUUGGGGCCAGCUAGGGAUCGGCGGUGAGCUUGGCAAAAGCUCUAUCAAUAUUUACGGUAUUGAGCCGUGGAAUGGAUUUGAAGAGUUCAUCUGCCAGCGGGUGCUCAGUUACAAUGGGCGCUCCGGCAUCGCAGUAAAUAAUACUGCCAAAGAUCCUCAUGUCACUUGGGAUGCUACUGUCUUCAACAUGUCACGUCACGUAGCCAACGAUCCUGCUGGCCUUACGUAUACGGGGCUUGCUUACAUUGACCAUCCAGUCAAGGUACUGGGCACAGCCAAUCAGACCAGUGGCAAUAUUGUGACCCCUACCUAUGAAAGCAUUGCUAUGGCAAGUUGGCCGCUUGCGCGAGUCAUUUAUUUCAAUCUGAACUCGCCUCCCCGCAAAAGUAUGGAUCCAGUGUUGCCAGAAUUGGUCAAGUUCGUUCUUUCCAAAGAAGGUCAACAGAUUCUUCUGGACCAAGGCAUUUUCCUUCCUUUUCGAAAGUUCCAGCAAAGCUCGAGCUUGACUCUUUUGUAA